AUUUGUUUCGUGAGAUUUGAAUCAAUGAUCGCGUCUUCACAUCACUCCUGAAGAAUGUCUUCGACAGAAGUGAUUGUCACCCGAUAUUUGGAUCUAAUUAUCCAAAGCGAGACUCUCGAGGAGUCAUUCGCCGGCUUUGUCUUGAGUUGGGAUCAAAACGAGAUCCACACCAUUAAGACAUAUGAGGAUUCUAUGAAGACAUUGAUCCACGAAUUGAACUCCACAGACAAGUUAGAGAUCGGAGUCAAGCACUACAUCGAUGUCACCGCUAAUAUCGUUAGCCAUAAACAGAACCAAACAUUACUCCAAAUGCUUGAGUUUGCUGUCAAUAACAAUCUGAUCCCUGGAAAACUUGUUUGCGAAGCGAUACUGUCUUCAGACAAACUUCACUACAAGAAUGAGAUCUUUUGGUGCAAUGCUUUGUCUUUGAUUCGCCGAAUCAUUGGAACCGUUGACUACAAAGGGGUUCGGGAUUUGCUUAAAAUAAUCUUUGAUAAAGUGAAUCAAAUCCCAGCCAAAGGCAACGUUUCUGUUCUCAAACAACUCAAUGUCUUAUAUCAGGUAUUUGACCAUAUAUUCGACAGAAGCCAGUGUUUACUUCCAGCAUAUCUUAUAUUGGAUGAGAUCCAGAAGAAGGGCAAAUGGACUCAUUGGAAAUUUGCAAAACUUAUCACGUCUUUUGUCGAUAGUUUCCGACCGACGGCUCAAAUGGUGUCGACCGCUGGCCGUUCAAAGUUAUUGCCAAUAGUGGGACAUUCAUCCACUUUGAAUAACAUUUGGAAAUUGGAUCCGUUGACCGCAAAGUUUCAAUUAAGAGCCAAAGGCAACGUUUCUGUUCUCAAACAACUCAAUGUCUUAUAUCAGGUAUUUGACCAUAUAUUUGACAGAAGCCAGUGUUUACUUCCAGCAUAUCUUAUAUUGGAUGAGAUCCAGAAGAAGGGCAAAUGGACUCAUUGGAAAUUUGCAAAACUUAUCACAUCUUUUGUCGAUAGUUUCCGACCGACGGCGCAAAUGGUGUCGACUGCUGGCCGUUCAAAGUUAUUGCCAAUAGUGGGACAUUCAUCCACUUUGAAUAACAUUUGGAAAUUGGAUCCGUUGACCGCAAAGUUUCAAUUAAGAGGUCUAUUGCCGUAUAAUAAGGAGCUUCUGGAGCCCCAGACCGGGCUCUUGCGAUACGUGUUGGAACAGCCGUGUUCUCGGGAUAUGGUGUCCGCGAUGUUGUCUCUAAGCCAGAAACAAAAGCAAAGAAGUGUUAUUCUUGAGGAACAACUCGUAGAACUGAUCAUAACAGCGAUGGAGCGCUCGGAAAGUGAUUUGGAUUUAAGCAGCGAAUCCGGCGAACAGGGAUGCAGUCCUACAUUCUUCUUAUGGCAACACUUGUCGAGUCAUUUAAUUUAUUUCGUUUUGUUUCAAUUCGCGUCGUUUCCACAUAUGGUUCUCUGUCUUCACGAAAAGCUUUGCACUAAGAAUUUGCGCAAAAGUCGAGAGCAUUUGAUGUGGAUUUUGUUGCAAUUCCUGUCCGGUUCUAUACAGAAGAACCCUCUCCUCGACUUUCUGCCGAUUAUGAAACUCUACGAUCUGUUAUAUCCCGAGAAGGAACCGCUGCCGGUGCCCGACGUCUCCAAAUCUAGUGCCACUCACGCAUUGGCCGCCGCAUCCGUUUGGAUACAUCUUAUGAAAAAAGCCGAAACCGAUUCCAUUAGUCUUCAGCGACCCAUUCCUUUGGCACUCAAAGCGCACAUCGAUUUUCUUCAGGAAAAUCUGGUUAAUAAUACUAAUUUGUCGAUUAGUAGUACUGACUAUAGAGUGGCACUCCUUUGCAACGCUUACAGUACAAAUCAGGAGUGUUUCGCUCGACCCCUCUCUGUACUCGUUGAGGGGGUUCAGGGAAAUAGAGGUCCCAAUCAGAACCCGUCAAAUUCGCCGCCCAUGUGUCCGCUCUCUAUGAGUGUUUUGGACUCUUUGACAGUUCACACAAAAAUGAGUUUGAUUCAUAGUAUUGCUAAUCAAGUGAUGAAAUUGGCUCAGUCCAAAUCGAACGUAGGGUUGGGUCCGGCACUCGUCGAGACCUACAGCCGACUACUUAUCUAUACAGAGAUCGAAUCACUUGGUAUUAAAGGAUUUAUGAGUAAUUAUUUUGUCAAUUCUUCGCAACUCUUGAACACUGUUUGGCGGUCUCAGGCGUGGGGUAUACUCCACACACUGCUCGAGAUGUAUAUCUAUCGUUUGCAUCACAUCAACGCUCACUACCGCAUCCAACUGUUAGGCCAUCUGCACAGUCUGUCCAAUGUGCCACAAACGAACCAGGUGCAAUUACAUCUCUGUAUGGAAAACACGGCGCUUAAACUGAUCCUCGGCCUAAGCAGUGCCGAAGUAUUAUCUAUUCCUCAAUACUCGCGCUUCCAAAACGAGCCCAAAGGGCUUCUGUCCACCGAAUCCGAAGAGCUUAAUAAAGUUCUUGUGCUAACCCUCGCGCGCGCUAUACACGUGACCGGUUCCGAGACACUGACCGCCUCUUGGAUUAAAGAGAUUCUGCAGAGUAUAAUGCAAAGCACUUCCAUUAGUUGGUCGUCGUUUACAUUGCAAUGCUUUCCCAACGCUAUCAGCGAAUUCUAUCAACAAUUCACGACUCAGAAGGAAAAUAAGGCUCAACUCAAGCGCUCUGUCGAAGAAGAGUACCGAAAGUGGAAAUCAAUGAGCAAUGAGAACGACGUGUCGCCACAACUGAAACACUUCUCACUUCCGGGAACUCCGCCUCUAUUUCUGUGUCUGUUGUGGAAAAUGCUUUUAGAAAACGACAGAAUAAAUCCAAUCGCUUACAAGAUAUUGGACAGAAUCGGCGCCCGAGCCCUGUCUUCACACAUGCGAACGUUCGCCGACUUUCUGGUGUAUGAGUUCGCGAAUCUCGUGGGCGGACAACACGUGAAUAAGUUCAUUGACGCCCUCAACGACUUGAUCUGGAAGUGCCAUAUCAUUACGUUAGACAGACUUCUGCUAUGUCUGGCCCUCAGGAGCUUUGAGGGCAACGAAGCGCAGGUUUGCUUCUUUAUUAUACACAUGCUUUUGCUGAGACCCUCGGAGUUCAAGAAUCGUGUUUACGAGUUCGUCAAAGACAACACUCCCGAGCACUGGAAGCAAUCCAAUUGGCACGACAAGCAUCUCGCCUUCAAUCGGAAAUUUCCCGAAAAGUUCUACUUUGAAUGUCUGCAAGAAUCGAGUGGACAGAACUCUCAACACCAAUAUUUGCCCUUUUAUUUCAGUAAUGUUUGUCUCAGAUUUUUGCCAGUUUUGGAUAUAAUAAUCCAUCGCUUCCUUGAGCUGCCAUCGGGUUCGAUGUCCAAUAUAGUGGAUCAGCUGUUGGACCAAUUGGGAUGUCUAUAUAAAUUCCACGACAAACCGAUAACAUAUCUCUAUAAUACACUUCAUUAUUACGAAACUAAACUGAAAGACAAACCGCAAUUGAAGCGCAAAUUGGUUUCUGCGGUAAUCAAUUCAUUCAAAGACAUUAAACCAAGAAAUUGGGCCUUAAGUGAGGCGUAUCUGACUUUUAUGCAGAGAAUGAACGACGAUAUAGACUGGACUCCCGGACUCGAGUAUUACAUUCAUUUGAUUGGACGAGUUGUGGACACACUGUCAGCCAAUAAGUCUCCGUUCCCUCACACGGACUACCGAUUCAAUGAGUUCCCGAACGCGUCGGCGCAUGCAUUGCAUGUGACUUGCGUUGAGUUAAUGGCUCUACCGGUGAGCGCAUCGGUUGUCGCCAAUUCACUGCUAGACGUUGUCUUAAUUGGACACAAGAUAUUGACCCGAAAUAACAUUGAAAUGUGGAUGAAUGCGAUCGGAUUGGUGUUGACAGCGCUGUCCGAAUCGUAUUGGUCUGUACUAAACGACCGGAUCCUCGAAAUGAUGCAAAGCCCGACUCUGGAGUGCAACUCAAAUCCAUUUGAUUUAAUGGACUUCACGAACAGUCACUCGUCUAUGAAUGAAAUGCAAUGCAGUUAUUUAAUAGCGUUGACACACGCCGUGUGGCACAACGCAAACGUCGGACAGAUUAGUCUUAUGCCACAGUUUCUCAAAGAAAAGGUCAAACCCGUCAUCAAAAGCGAAGAGCAGUUCAUUUUUAUCUGUCAUAUUGUGGGACCAUUUCUGCAACGCUUCUACGCCGAGAGAACCCGUUGUGUAAUGGAUGUGACCAUUGAAUUGUACGAAAUGCUUGAAAUUAUUGACAAGAAUUGCGAUCAAUUAUUAUUCAUGGAUCCCGUCUGCGAUCUCCUCUAUCAUAUCAAAUAUAUGUUUACCGGCGAUACAGUCAAGCAUGAAGUGGAGCGCAGUAUCAAGAAUUUGAGGCCAAACCUACAAAAGAGACUCAGAUUUAUCACUCAUAUCGCCAUCGAUGAGGUGUCUGUGCCUUAAAGAUUGCAUUUUUGUACAUUUAUUACUUAUCAUUAAAAUCAUGUGUCACUUAUAUUAUACACAUGUAUGGGUACGAGGGGUCAGUGAAUGUCAAAGUUUGUCUUUGGUUUUACUAAUCAUGUGUGGAAUAUUGUAAUCUGAGAUAAUUAAAUAUACAGUACAUGAGUAUAACUUAUAUAUACCAUUGUAACAAUCAUGAUACAAAA